AUGAGCGCCAGCGCCAGCCGCCCCGAGCUCCGCAUCCGCCACCUCCUCACAGGCGAGCGAGCCCGCCUACCCGAUCCUCCAAAAUGCGUUGGAGGUAUUCUCUUUUCCAAUGACCUAAUCCUUGCCUUCACGCCAUGGCACCGCGACACCUACUACUGCCGCAUUGGGGUUGCUCAGUGGCAAGCGGCGCGGUGCGAUGAGGGCUACAACAUUCACAGUCUGAUGUUCGUGAAAGGCACCCUCUAUGCGUUGAUUUAUCCAAAUUAUCGUCUUGCUGUUGUCGAGCUUGACAACAAUUCCGUGGUAUUGUCGUUUCUUGGGGAAGAACUUAGCGCACGUACAGUACCAGAUGGUAAUUUGGCGGCCUGGCUCGCAGAGUGUCAUGGUGAGCUAUUGCUAAUUAUCAGAAGAAGGCUGUACCGUGUGUUCCAGUGGCAAUCCAAGGAGAGGAAGUGGGCGAGGACACAUAGCCUUGGUGGUUGUAGCUUGUUCUUUAAUAUGCAUGAGUUUGCUGGUUGCCUUGGUCCAGAUCAUCCGAGAGUUCGAAGAGACUGCUUGUACUUCACUGGAAGCUUUGGGAACUGGAGCAAGUAUUCUUUGGUUGAUAGAUCUUUGCAUGAAAUUGUUGCCAACUACCUAGGGCAAUCAGUAUCGAAGGAUUUUGUAUCACUGGCUUGGGUCCUUCCAAGCAUUUGUUGA